AUGCAGCUGGUAACGUGGCUUCGUGACGUCAGCACCAGCGGCAAGUUUACGUUCUUGACUUUCGCGGAGAGUUUGGACGUGGAUGAGCAGCUAGUGCACAAACCCAUGUCAGCUCAAGAGGCAAGUCAGUUUCAGAUCUCCACGGUCUUUCAGCUCACUCUUCCAGCGGCUUCCUUGAUGAUGCAAAACAUUCAACUGGUCGUCGCCACAACCCCAGAUGCAACAGAUUCACAGAGACGUGCUCUGCCCUUACGGAUCGAGCCACAUCCAGUACCCAUCCAGCUGAUUGCGAGUAACGGAUUCCUCCUUCCGGACUUCAAUGUGAAUAACAAGCGUAGUGAGUACAAAGCAUGCCGCAUACAAACGCUUGAGGAGGUGAACGGCUCUACCGCGGACCCGCGUUUCGAGGUGCACCGCAGUGUCGUUGACUUUGGCUUCAGUUGCUUCGGCAAGCCGGAUCCGGUGAAGCGAAUGCGUUUGUGGGCCACCCAUGUAAAGCCCUGCGAAUACGGCCAGAGCUACGAGUCAUGGAGUGAUGGGUAUGACGUUGCUGUCACAGCCUCGAUGGCAGAGUGCUUGAAUGAAGCCAUCGAACUGAACGAUGUGCGGGCCCUGCGCAACAUAAGCCUUUUGCCAACCAGCGACAUGUGGGAGAGCAACUGCGGGUUUCUUGUGGCAGGUUGGCUAGAGUUCGGUGAUUUUUGGAUAGACUCGGAGAGACAUGGAUAG